AUGACUGAUACUGGCACUAUACGUUCUUCACAACCAUCCGUGGGCAAACAGUCAGCAUGUGAUCGCUGUCGGACGCAGAAGAUCGGCUGCAUGCGCGUCAAUGGAGAUCCCACCGACGCCUGCUUGCGGUGUGUGCGCUCCCAAGUUGAAUGUGUUACCAGUUCGUCCCGGAAGCCUGGCCGGCCCACAAAGGCUGCCGCUGCUGCAAGUAUGAGAAGCGCGGGGGGGUCUCCUCAGCGUAAUGAUUAUGCUCCAUUAGGCGCCCUGGACAUGGAUGUGGGCGACACAUUCGACUUCGACGCCCUGGACAUGCCUUACGAGAUCCCGUCUAGCUUUUGGGGGUCGAGGGAUAUCGCAAACCUCUACCCUGACGACUACUUCCCCGAUUCAGGUAUAGGCGACGACUGCUCACCUAACACGCCUGCCCUUGAGCUCUCCCCCUCCGACAACGCCGGCCCGCUGCACAAAUACCGCAUGCAACUGGCAUACGUACACCAGACCCUAUAUAAACAGCUGUUUCACCUCCAAUCCAGUCAUUGCGACCUUGCCGAGGUACUGCGCGUCACCUAUGUUCAUCACCAUAUGAAGUCUUUCGAGUCCCCCACCAGUCGCUCCCGCUCCCCCUCCAACCCCCUCGCCACCGUCGCAACCAUAGCUGCUGAAUUUGUCGACACGUUAUCCGCGCUUGUGCCGCCGGCUCUCGAUCCGCACGACAACCCCCACCAUUCAUCACACCCUAACCCUCACUUAAGCAGCCCCGACCUCCUCAUCAUCCUCUCCUCUUACAUCCUUCUCAUUCAUAUCUACGACUACAUUCUUGCGCAGCUCCUGGCCCAGGUAACAACCAACCCCGCGGCCCUGGAUACAGCCCUGCAGUCUGCCCCGGUGCUCUCCCUCGGCGGGCUAGCUGUCCCACCCGCCCGGCAUCUCCCGGCUCAUUUGUUGCUGGUGUUGUUCAACAACCAGAUCCUGCCCAUUCAGGCUUUUCUCGGGCUGCCUGACUCUCUUCGGGUUUCAGAUGUCAAGGAGGUGGGUGGGAGAUUUGGGCAGGGCCAGACGGGUGGGCUCUUCAGCGGGGCAGGGGGGCAGGCUCUUUGCAUGGCCUUGGUGCAGGUCGAGAUAGAGCAGGCUGUUGGUGGGACAGGUGGUUUGGGCAUUAUUGCCGCGUUGAGGGAGAAGAGAGCGAGGGUUCUAGAGUUGUAG